AUGUCGCUCUCAGCCCUUCCCCCCGAGCUGAUUGUCAAUAUUCUCCUCGCCCUCGACUGGAGAGAUCUGCUGCGCUGCAAAAGGAUUAAUCGCUACUUCAACUCUGUCACAGAGGACACCCUCUUGCAGUACAAACUCGAACUUGCAAUCGCUGGUAUUGAAGACGGUCCCCCGAGCUCCUUGGGACCUUCGGAACGCCUUAAAAAACUAAGAGCGCAUCAAGAAGCAUGGCUAACAUUACAGUACAGUAGUCAAAAGGCCGUCCCCAUGUUGCAGGGAAAAGUAUGGGAACUAUAUGGCGGCGUCCUGUCUCAGGCACGACGUGCCGAUGUCCUCUCUUUUCGACGGCUUCCCUCUGCAUUGAGAGGAAUUGAUGAGCAUGAAUGGGCCGUGCAAGUGGAUUUCCCCAUUCGCGACUUCGGAAUAGAUCCUUCACAGGAUCUCCUCGUUGCUCUUGAGCAGCCACAACCAUUUAGUGAGACCAUUCAUGUCCAUUUGCGUACGCUCUCCACCGGCACACCCCAUCCCGCUGGGCCCAGUACCGCCCUAUUGGUGCACACUACAAACAGCUCUGACCAUUACGCCAUCCAGAUCUCAGGGGACUUCCUGGGUAUCCUCUUCAUUGGCCACGAGCAGUUCCCUGAUGAUUGCUUGAUAUGGAAUUGGAAAACGGGUACACUAUUACAGUGGAUUACUGGCAGAGAAAUAGGGUCCAUCUCUUUUCUGUCAGAUCGCCAUAUUAUUCUUGGAGUCAUCGAUCGUUUGAGCAACAAUACGCGGCAGACCGUGGCGUCAGAGCCAGAACUUGUGGUCAUUGAUUUCCUGCAACCUCACCCAGAGAAAAUCGACAUCUGGGAUAUGGCUUUCGCGUGCACAUUUCAUUAUCCCCGCCUGGCUCCCCGGGCACUUCCCCUUGCCUUCUCGAUCCGUUCCGAUCCGGCGCCGUUAUGGCCAAGUCGUGAUUCCCAAGUCCCCUUCUACACUGCACGAACCGACAGAUUGCUUGUGCUCACGUUUUGGGUAGCGGAGGCCGAUCAAAUCCGCACGAUCUUGCUCUUCACGUUGGCGUCCACUAUCCUCUCGCAUGUCAACGCGGUGCAAGACAUGGCGCGGCAGCGAUUCUCUUGGGAACAAUGGGGUCCUGAAGGGUCGUGUAUGAUGUCCAAUCUAUUUGGGCAUUCUUCGGUCUGGGUUUGCUACGUCUUUGGAACAAGGUUUGUAGCACGCGGAGGACCGCGAGAAAUCAAGGUAUAUGACUUCAAUGUAUUGCCCUAUGAGCGACGUAUGGCGCAAUCGGACGUUAAAGGAAGAGGGGACGGCAAGAGGAAAGCGUGUGUAUUCCGAGAAGGGGAGACCUUCGAGGGCGAAGUAGCAACGGCGCUGCCGUACCAUAUGCGAUCGCUGUCCGUGGAAGAAGACUUUGAGGCUGUGAUGGUGAGCGAAGAUUCGCUGAUCACCUUGACAAGUCUGGGCCGUGGCCGCAAGUACCGGAUAUUCACGUUCUGA